UGCUAUUAGUAUACCAUUCAAGAUAUUGAAAUGCGCUUGAAUACGUUGGGUGCUUUCAUUUAUAAUUAGUAACGCAAGUCGAUACAAACACCGUUCAAUCUUUUUUGGUAUUCAAUAAAGUUCAACAGAGAAAAAUGACACUUAAAAUGUAUCGAUUUUGUAUCACUGAAUAGAAAGCACUUAUUAUUUUUGUAACAAGGUUGCCAUAUUGUAGAUGAUUAACCAUUCUUUCCAAGAGAUAUACAAAUAUCUCUUCCAUAUCUACUUGCUGCGUCAGUAAAGAUAGCACUGCUUAUUGUUAAUCGUAAGUUUUCUCCUGUAAAUAUAUUCUUUUAACGACAAUUCGGUAUCAUUGUCACUAUGCAACUUGUUUACUAUGUAUAACAUCUGUGCAACGACACUGUAACAAUGCUUUGUAUUAGAAAAAUCUUUUUGUCUUUAUGUCUUUAUAGCCUUAUAUAUCUCGGGUGAAAUUGUGGUAUUUAUAAGUUCACAUUUUGCAUGGUUAAUGUUUCCAGAAACAUUGACAAUUCUUGACAUACAGAGAUAAGAAGCAAUACGGCCUUGAAUUUCGAUUUGGGAAUAAAGUGGGGGUGCUUUUUUAUUAGAGUGAUUAAGCAUACACGUUCUUCAGAGUCUCGAACCGCGUAAUGUUACGAGCUUCCAGUGUCCAAACUCGAAUCAGUGAUUCUCUCUCUUUUUCUCUCUCACGCAAACAUAAUUUAUUAUUUCUCUAUCAACACGAAUCGCGUAGAUAUUCAAACAAAAUGUCCCAGGAUUUUCAGAGAUGGUUCGAUGAAAUGAUGCCGAAGAUCAUCAACAAUCUUGGGCCGAACGUCGACAACGCUCGAUACGAGUUGCUUGAAUCUAACAAUAAUUUUAUUAUGUCCAAUCUGUAUCGUGUACGUCUGCAAUUUGAGAACAAGAGAAAUGGACAGAAGGAAGAAUUAUCUAUGAUUCUGAAGAGACCCAUGCUAGGUUUUAGCCAAUUGGCUCACAUCGAUCUUCAAUUUCGCAACGAAAUUCUGUUCUAUCAAAUGUACACUCGACCGAACGAAAUCUAUGCGAGAUGCAUCUACGCCGAAGAGAAGCCGCCCAUCGAUUCGAUUAUCGCCUUGGAAAAUGUUAAUGAACGAGGAUAUUAUUCUUGUCCAUAUCCAUACGAUCCUCCGUUAGAAUACACAUUAGCGGUGAUGCGUGAGUUGGGACGAUUUCACGGCAAGGGCUAUGUCAUGAAGGAACGGCAGCGGGAAAAGUUCUUCGACAUCGUGGCACGAAUUCAACAUGUUAGGUAUAUAAAGAGAGUAGGGAAUCUUUACGAGCAUCACCUAAAUAUUAAAACUCUACGAGUGAUAGAAUAUCUUCGCAAUCAGGGCUAUGAUGCAAUUUUUUGCGAUAAGAUGGAAGCUCUGCUGUCAAACGCGUUUGACGAAGUAAUGAUGAAGUCUGUGCAACCUUCUGAACCUUUGGCCACGUUGUGUCACGGUGAUUUUACGUUGAGCAACAUGUUGUUCAAAACGGAAGACGAUGGACAAUAUCGCCUAUUGCUGAUCGAUUUCGCUCUUAUUACCUACUCGACGCCCGUCAUCGACAUUUGCACGUAUCUCUUUAUCUGUUGCUCAAAUGAAGUGAGAAAAGACAAAUUUUCUGAGAUCAUGCUGGCUUAUCAUGACGCACUGAAAGAGUAUCUGUGGGAAGCUGGUAUUAAAGACAUUGAGAAAUAUUCGUAUAAUGCUUUGAUGGACGAUUUUAGGAAGAGUGCUCUUUUUGCUUUACCUCUUAUGUGCAAUUUUUCUCCAAUAUUAUGGGGAUACCUUAACCCGAAAAUACUAGUACAAGAAAUAAUAGAUUUAGGCCCUGUGGAAAGCGCAAAAAAGCGGAAAUACGUUGGUGGAGACAAGGUAUCCAAAUUAUUAGCUGAUGCGUUGCUGCAUUUGAGAGAUCUUGGUUGCCUGAAUCAUAUUUUAUAAUUGCAUGAAACAAUUCAAAUGCGUAAUAUAUAAUUUAUAUCGAUUAAUAACUAUGUUGAAACUUUUGUCGAAAGUUUUUUAAACAUAACAUAGAUUUAUCACUAUUAAUAUAGUUAUAAAACAUAUUUUGAUUAAACACAACAGAUGCAACAAAAUUCAUUUUAUAAAUGAAUUUUGUUGCAUCUACUGUUAUUAUUUCUACGAGAAAUAUAGCUACGUAAUAUUCUUAUUACGAUACAGAAUUGAGUUAUACAGAAAUAAUUAAAAAAAACACAAUAAGAUGAUUACAUCUAGUUUUUAAUAUUAUUACAAUUUAUAUUGCGCAAUAUAAUUAUAGGAUAUUAUAAUUAAAAAUCUUAAUAUUUUAAUGUUUUAAAAAACUAACAAAAACAUAAAUAAUAAAUGAAAGAAUAUAGACCAAUAUAUGUAAACACAACUAAUUAAAAAGUUAACAAUCAUAGUUAGAUUUUAGUGUGCUGAUAUUUCUUAUAUUAUUUUAUAUUUUUAAGUUUAUCAAACUGCGCGCUGAUCAAUUUUUCAGUCUUGAAACACAAUUCUAAGUUGUAUGAGAAUAGUAAUAUCUCAAUAUUAAAUCGACAAUUUAAUAAUAAUAAUAUUAACAUAUAUAUAUAUAUAUAAUAUACAUAUAAAAUGUUUUAUGAAAUAUUUGUUUGUAUAAUGUACAAAAUAUAUGAUAAUGAAAAUAUUUUAAAUUAUUUUAAUAAGAUUUUGGGUUUAUUAUAUGGUUUAUCUUUAAAACUUGUCAACAUUUGUAUGUCAAUAAUUAAUGAUACAGAUAUGAAUUUCAUUUUUCGCAACGUAAUCUAAAUUACAUCUAAAAUUAUGAUAAGUGUAUUACAAUUUUUUAUGUAGGAAGCAAGUAAACUUUGCGUUUUAGUCUAGUGUAGUAAAGUAUAAUUCAUAAGUCAAAGUACAUUUUUGUUGUAUAUUUAAAAACGAGGUAGACUGUGUUAAUUUGUGUGAUAAUAUUCUUUUAGUAUGACAUUCCUAUGUUCAACCUAGCGGUUUCUUUUUCAAAGUCAAUUUAUUUAUUUAUUUAAAAUAGACGAUAAUACGCAAUGUACAAGACAAAAAAUGGAAGUUGUGGAAAAUAUAAAAUUUUAGAAAAUGUAAAUGUCUGAAUUUUAUUUUUCUAACAAAAUUAAUUGAUGUAAUUGCGAUUUAUUUACGCGACAUCAAAAGUUUCGAUAUUUCGAGACGUCGCAUAUCGAUAUUUAUAAAAAUAAUCCAAUCACAAAUCGUUCACUGUAGAAUGGCGCCCUGGCGAAUUGUAGACUCAAGAAUCACUCCGAAUAUAUUUCGUUUUUAUUGCGGCGUUUAGAAAAUAAAUCUCGUAAAAAGUAUUGCAAGCUUUUGUAAAGUGCAAAACGUUUGUUGUAAUAUAUCCAGCAUCGCUGUUUUAAUAUUAACAUGCUGAAUUUUAAUUAUCUUAUCAGGCAUGUACAAAAAAAGAGCAUCUACUCUAAAUCGGAAUCAACGUAUUAUUCACUGAAAAGCAGUAAACAGUUUGGUUUCAAUGCUAUCUUAUAACCAUAUCAAUCAGUGAUAUUUGCACUUUCAGUAUAAUACAAUUCUCGUGUCUAAUUGUCGAUUUCCAAAACUUUUUUAUCGUUUCUAAGGUUAAGCUUAGUUCCCAAACUCCCUCUUUCUAAGAUAGCCAAUAGUGUUUUGAACGUAAUUCGAACUGCAGUCUAAAUCAAUAUGACAUAUCUUAACAGCUUUAAUUCGUUAACUUUAACGCUUAAUAACUCGCUACGCGAGGCAGACCGCCACGUUUUUCUUACAAAUUUUCUUUCAUUUGGGUAAAAACGCGUCGAAUGAGUACAUUUUUAUUAAGAUCUGAGAUGAGGCCUUUAUUCUAAAUAAUUACCGGUAUAUGCCAUGUAUUUAAAGCUCAUUUAUUAACAUAAUACAUUUAUUAUCUAGUAUCUAUUGUAAAUUUUUACUUGCAAUAUUAUUUUUCGUAAUUAUUUUCUAAAAUUCUUACGAUUAAUUUUCUCAUUUAUUAAAAAAAUUCUCAACAUAAUUGAAAAUACUUUAUUAUAUUUAAAUUAAUAUGUAAUAUAAAUCUGGGAAUUUUGGAUUCAAAUGUGACUUAUAUUUAAAUCAAAGGGAUUCAAUUCAAUUCGACCUCACAAAUGCUUGACUCACACAUCUCUAUUGUUAUAUAUUAAAAAAAAUGUUUAUAAUACAUUAAAUUAUUGACAUAUAACGGAAAACAAUUGGAAAAGAUAGGAAUAAUAAUAAAUACGCCGUCCUGCAUAUUCCAUCGACAUAAUUUAUUUGGGAUUUUUAAUAAUAAUUAAAAUAAUUGUAAGACAGGAUAUCGAUAGCAGUCUACUCGUUUCUACUAGUAAAGCGACAUCUUAUACGAGUAUACAUGAAUUAAAAUAGUUAUCGAGUUUUUUCUAUACUCGAGCGCCAUUGCACGUGUAUAUACUCGAAGUAAAUCAAUGUGACUCUUAAUUUCACACGAUUUGCUCAUGCACCUUAAAGAUUUCACUCUUUUGCAUAAUUCUAAAAUAGACUCAUCAUAUUACAUUACCUCGAUGUGUGUGUGUAUAUGUGUGUGUGUGUGCGCGCGCGCGUGUGUGUAUGUGUGUGUAGUAUAUACAUGUAUAUCCAUAUUUUUAAUAUGCAUAUGCAUUUAUAAGCGCGUGCAAAUAUAUGACGCACGAGAUCUCUCGGUGACUGUUGCUCAGUCCACAGGAACAUUAAACUCAAAAUAUAAUAGUAUUACAAUUUAUUAUUUCAAUAUAAUAGGUCUAGCUACAUAAUAUAUGUAUAUAAGUAUCGUAGAAUCUACAUCCUUAAAUAAACGUUAUGUCCAUAUGUUUCCAAUUAUUUACAAAGGUACUGCCAGAGGCAUUCGCUUGUUCCUUUUCUUUCUUUAAUCUUGCAAAAAUACAGAUUGUCAGUAGCUUUCUUAUAUCUGUCUAUUUUCGAAAGCAUGAUGAUGAUGAUGAAGUAAUCGAAUAGACGCAACCAAAAUGGAGAAAAGUUGCACUUGCGUCACAAGCAGUUUGUAACGAAAAAAUCGAGCGUGCUUUUCUAUCUUAUGAGAAGAACGGUAAAAUAUGCGCGUGCAUGUAACAAUAUCUCAUUAUAAACAGUGCGAUUACAAAGACAUGUUUUCUUUAUAAAACGUUGCUGCACAUGUAUAGUCGCAGCACGUCAGAGUUUACAUUUAAUAUAAAAGCUUAUGUAGCUUUAGAACGUCAUAUAUAUAAUAAAAUGUAUUUAAAUUUUAUAAAAUUUUGGUUUAAUAUGUAGGAACACAGGAAUUUUAUAGUGCUUUUAAAUGGUAAACUUUAAAAUUGUUUGGUUUAGUUUAUUGAAAGUGUUUAAAAUAGGAUAAUGUAGUUAUAUAAAAGUUAUUAACAAUUGUAAACGAUUACGUUAUAAUUGUUGAUAUAAGCUUUCUGACUCAAUGCGAAGCAUUAAAUAGAAAUUCAACUUUCACGUAAAGAAAAUUUAUGAAAGACCCACAAUAUUUUGCUUCAAACGAUCUGAUUAUCAUUUUUCUCAAGGUUCUUAAAACUUCAAAAUAUAGGAAUUUAUAUAUAUAUAAACUUCUAUAUACAUGUAUGUUAAUACAUAUAUGUACAAUGCCCUCAAUAUUUGUUUAUAGUAUGGUGGAGAAGAAAAUAAGGUGUGCUACUACGCACAUCUCUGCACAGUUAAUAAGAUUUUAUUUUAAUGGAGGCCAUAUUAUAAUAACAAAUUAAUUGACGGUAAUUAUUUAAUUUAGCAACAUCAGCUCCAAUAUUAAUAAAAUUAUGCUCAUUAGAGGCAUUUUUGUACGAAACAAAAGAAUCUGACAAAAAAAGCGUUAUUCUUCCCCAUAAAGCAAAAUAUUUAUAAUUUAUAUAUUACUCAGAAAUACAAAAAUAAAAGUAACUGACACAAUACGCAGAAUAUUACAAAAAUGCCUCGGUAUAAGUAUACCUUACUUUUCUUUCACCAUGAUC